UAGCACCAAUUGGGAGGGGUGGGAGGAUUGGGAGGGAAUUUGUACAAAUAUUGUCGCGUGUUUUAACUUGCACGAUCUUGGAUAUAGGGACGUCGAGAGGUUUCGAGGUCCAUUUAUGGGAAUUUAGGGGGCUGCUAGAACUCGGCAAGAAAACACACCUGAAGCAACGUAUCUUUAUUCAUACUACUUCGUAUGUUUUAGGCUUAAGUAUAUAAGCCUUUUUCCCAUACAAAUCCUUAUAUUUCCACUGUUGCUAACCUUAGUAUGUUAUUACAUGUACGUACAGGGACGCUCAUCACCUGUGGGAUAAGUGUAUUUUUAUCGUGUGACCCAGAGAAGUCAUCAGAUGAAUAAAUAUAUAGUCAAAUGUUUUUGACGGUUUUGAGCAAGGCAUGAAUCAACAUUGUAUUUCAAGCCGUGUUUGCUUUCUUGGCAGCAAUUCCCUGUAUUAUGGCGAGCUAUGGCGGAAAAGAUGUAUCACUCAGAAUUGUGCGACACUUCCUGUAGCAAACAUGACACCAAUAACGGGUGCAAAUUGUCGUGACGACGUGACAGGAACAUUUUGCGUGAUUUGUGUGUACAAUAUCCCGUGAUACCGUCUCGCUUUAAAGACGCGUUCGUUUGCUUUGCCUAGAUGCCCCUACGAUCUUAGCAAUAAGUUAUGGAAGGUCCCAAAGAUAACACGAUUAAAGGCGUCGAAACAGUCAUGAAUACUUCAGAUAGAACCAAGCUUCUGAUCUGCGGCAGUGGCAAUGGAGCACACGCCUUUGCUGGCAUCGCCUCGUCGCAUCCGGGAACUGAAGUCAGAGUACUCAGUUUGUAUCAAGACGAGGCUGAACGCUGGAGUAAAGCUUUAGAAACCACUGACUUAGAAAUCACCUGCCACCGUCGUGAUCAAGAGCCAAGCGUGAUCAGAUCCAAGCCAGCUCUGAUAACUAAGAACGCAGAAGAAGCUGUGCGUGGUGUUGACGUCAUAGCGUUCGUGUUACCGGCGUUUGCUCAUCAGGUGUUCCUGGAGGCCCUCCAGCCUUACAUCGAGUCAGGCGUGAUUAUUGUUGGUCUGCCUGGGGCCUCGGGGCUGGAGUUCCAGGUGCGAGGAAUCCUGGGAGAUAAGGCGAACAUGUGCACGGUAAUGAACUUUGAGUCGCUGCCUUGGGCUUGUCGCCUGGGAGAGUUUGGUAGGAAGUGUGAUGUUCUUGGUACCAAGGAGUCAAUGGUUGGCGCAAUGCAGAUUGGAAGAGAUGCAGCGCCAAAGAAAGACCCCGUCACUACCCUGCAGAGUCUAAUCGGGGACCACCCUCGGUUGAAAGUGUCCGGGCACCUAAUUGGCAUGACACUCAUGAACCCCAACGCGUAUGCACAUCCGUCAAUCAUGUGUGCGCAGUGGGAGGGGUGGGACGGUACACCUGUGCGUGAGCCGCCUCUGUUUUAUACCGGACUAAGCGAGUUGGCAGCGGACAUCCUCUCUACUGCUUCAGAUGAGGUGUUGCAAUUAAGCAAAGUUGUCAACGAAAAGUCUGGAGUCGACACGUCACAGGUAUCGCACAUCUAUGAUCUCCUUGUCAAGUUCUAUUCUCAUGAAAUCUCCGACACCACGAAUUUGCGAUCCUGUUUUCGUACAAACGCCGCCUAUCAAGGGCUCAAACACCCCAUGAAAGAAACCGAUGACCACUCUUUCGUUCCAGAUUUCGCUCAUCGUUAUUUGACCGAGGAUGUUCCUUAUGGACUGGUAGUGAUCCGGGGUAUAGCAGAAAUCGUGCAAGUGGACACGCCAACUAUUGACAAAGUUCUGUUGUGGGCCCAGGAGAAAAUAGGAAAAGAGUAUCUUGUGGGGUCCAAGCUAGAGGGAAAAGAUGUAACAUCUACGCGAGCACCUCAGAGAUAUGGACUUACUACAUUAGAUGCCAUACUGGGACGAGUUUAGUUUAUUACGUUGGUAUAGGACCACGUUCCGUGUUCAAAACACCGGGUUAAGCUAAGGCAUUUAGGGGUUGACCUUUUGACAUUAGAGGGGACACGUGAUUUGGUCCAUGCACGAACUUUUUACCCCUUUCAUGCACUAGGAGUUUUUUUGGGGGGAAGUUUUUCCGGAACACUGAGCGAGCGUGAAUUUUUUUUCGGCAGUGGCCGUGUGCAUGAAUUCUUUUGGUACAAGUAUUUUUGCGCGACAUUUUUUCACAAAAUAUCUCACCGCCCCCUUCACUGAAAAGUCAGCUGGUCCAUCCCUUAAGCCAUGUGAUGUGAACUUUAUUGUUUAGCUGGAAUACACAUUUUCUGCACUAGAACUAACAAAAAACCUGUCUGAUCUGACAGUUUUCGCUUCAGCGUGAAAUAAAAGAUAAGGAAAAAAAUCCUGUUCUCCGACAGACCUUUUACAUUUACUAAUAUUGCAGGGGCGGCUUUAGGGGGGACCCCCGGGGCGGGGUCACCCCGUUUUGGAGAAGCAAGACAUAAAAAAAAUUGAACUGAAAUAGGUUGUGAAUGUUAUGGCAGAAA